UGAUGGAGCUCUAUGAGCGUCUGCAGGAGCUGGAUGCAGACAAGGCGGAGGUGCGGGCCUCCAGGAUCCUCCACCGCCUGGGCUUCAGCGCCCCCAUGCAGCAGAAGAAACUCGAGGACUUCAGCAGAGGCUGGAGGAUGCGCGUGGCUCUGGCCAGAGCUCUGUUCAUCAAGCCCUUCAUGUUGCUGCUGGACGAGCCCACCAAUCACCUGGACCUGGAUGCCUGUGUGUGGUUGGAGGAGGAGCUUGCAUCGUGAGUGUGGCAUUAUCUAUCAUCAUCUGUCAAUCAGUUUAGUAGUCAUUUCUGUUUUACUUGAAGUGAAAAGAAUGGUGAAUGUGUCACGACUUCGU